AUGCUGAAAGUUCAAAUUCUGAAGGUUGAGAACCCAUCCUGCAUCUGGGCUCGAGUCAAUCUGAGCAGCGACACAGAAACGACAGAACAGUACGACAACCUGAUGGCUCAGAUGAACCUCUUCUACCAUGACGUUACUCAGGACCUGUGCAAGCUGAAGCCCACGUUGUUCGUGGAGGGACAGGUGUGUGUGGUGUACUGGACAGUGAUGAAGUCGUGGUGUCGAGCGGUGGUAGAGUCUGUCAUCAUGGACUCUGUGUCCUGUAAGGUUCGCUGCCUCCUGGUUGACCACGCAGAGCGGCUCGUCGUCACCUCAGACCAGAUCCGAGUUGCCGUAGAGAACUUCCUCCAGCUGCCUUUUUGGGCAAGAAGGUUCCAUCUGGCAAGAAUCAGACCAACAACCCUGCGAGUGUCUGUUCACGAGGAGAAGGCAGUGCUUGUUCCGUCCACUCAGUGGGACAGCUCAGCUAUUCUCUACCUGCGCAACCUGCUGCAAGAAUCAACUUGGACAGAGGCUGUGUUGCUUGGAUCCGAGUCAGACUCCACUUCCAUUGAGCUCUACGUAAGCAUCAGGAACAUCAAGAUCUGUGUGAAUGACGAUCUGGUGGCCAAGAGCUUUGCAUAUUACAGCAGUGAGUCAGCUGAAAGUAGUGGGCUGGAUGAGGUUGACCAAUAUCCCGUCAUGUUGCCCUCCGGCAUCUUAAGCCAGUCUGUCUCCACGACUUCAAAAACGCCGACAGCACAAACCAAACCACCUCCUGGUAAACAACAUGUUUGGGCUCUGACACACUCAGGACAGCAGGAUGGACGAGCAGGUAAUUGGAUGAUGGCGCCCUCUCCGCCUCAGAGUCAGCAGCAUGAGCUGAAGACCUCUGAGGGACACAGCAGGUCACAUGUUACAGAACCACUGAGUCCAGGCAGCCAAUCAAAGAAUGGCACUGCAGAGAGUGACUCAUCAGAGGACACAGACUCCUCUCUGGCUGCAGCUCUGACCAGAAACCUCAGUCUGUUCAAGUUCCUGAAGUUUAUGAAUCCUGGCAGCAGCUACCAGCAGGUGGCAUGUACUGUCAGUGAGCAUGAAGAACUGAAUGACUGUCGACCUGAAGAGGCGACUGCAGCCUCGAGCGCCUGCACAGGACAGGAAGCUUCAACCCUUUUACACAGCAGUGAGCCUGUAACACCAGUCAUGGACAUGCUCUGUAUGAGCUCCAGUGGAUCAGUAGACUCAGGACCGGCAGAGGCGGAGAAGACACAGAAGAGUAAGGAGGACUGGGCCUGUUCACGGCUUUUGGAGUGGUUGAACCCAGGGCUUCAGAACCAUGAUCCAGCUGCUGUAGAUGAUGUGGUUGUACCCAGUGAUCCCAUAAAGAAUGGAAUUCUGGUACACUCUGCACUCCCAGUUGAGCCUUGCACCAGUCUGGAUGAUGCCCCCAUCACUGAUGCUCUCCGCCGGGUGCUGCGGAGGAAGCGGCACAUCACUCUGUCUCCAGCUGACAGCUACAGCUGGCCAGCUGUGGCUCGUGGAUGCAACACCGUCAUCAUCUCCCACCACGCUGACCAGCCGCUCAGCUACCUGACUCCACUCCUCACCCACAUCCUGCUCAACUCCAUCUACUGCUCCCUCACCUCCAGCACAGGGCCCAUAGCAGUGCUGCUGUGUCCAGGCUGGGAGAAGGCCCAGGGGGUGUAUGACCUGCUGGAGGAGAUCAAGAUCACCCAGACCCUCCAACCGGCCAUUGUCCUGCUGGGUGUCAAGAAGGAUGAGGCCAAGGCCGUCAGGAUCCCAAAAAACUGCCUGCUGUUAGUGACCACUCCCUUCAGUCUGGUCCGUCUGCUGUCCUGCCGCUGCUUCAUGUUCCUGCGUCUGUACCACCUGGUGCUGGAUGGGGCUGACCAGCUCUUUACUCUGGCUCCAGACGAGAUGGCGACCAUCCUGCAGCAUUUCCAGAAGGUGACCUCCAGUAAGGAGAACGCCUCCUGUCCUCAGCAGAUCAUUGCUGUGGCGAAGCGAUGGACCAAUCACAUGGAGGGUUUGUUAACCAAUUACAUGCCCUACCCCAGCAUUGUUGUUACCAUCCCUGGGGAAGCUGCUCUCUAUGGUAACGUUCAGCAGGUCACCCUCAUGACUCUAGAAAGCAAUAAGAUCUCCGAACUGUUGGGUGUGUUGGAUUUAAACCCAGACAUCGGCCAGAAGACUCUGAUCGUAGCCAACUCUGUUCAGGAAGUUGAGGAUGUGUGGAAGGCCGUGAGCAACAAAUCAGCGUUCUGCCUCAAGAUCCACGAGGAGUUAGUGCACCAGAUAGACUCUGUCAUCCAGCAGUGGAGGGAACACGUCGGCCCUGGCACUCAUGUCAUUCUGGUGACCACCAACAACUGUCUGAAGUGUUUUGGGAUCAGAGAUGCGACUUGUGUUGUCCACUACGAUUUCCCCACUUCUCCCAAACUGUUUGGCAUCCGAGUCUUCUGCAUGUCGGAAAACUUCAGAAACCUCUCAGAACGAGUUUCCUCUCAGGUUCAAACAGAGAGCCGCCCUCACACCGCCAGGUCAGUGCUGCUCAUCUCAGAGAGAAACACCCGCCAUGUCAUAGGCGUUCUGCGUUACCUGAGACGAACCAACGCCCCGCUGCCCCCUGAGCUACUGUCCUUCACCGAGGGGGUCCUUGUGGCCCGGGAGGCCCAAAAGACAGACAGGCCUCUCUGCAGCUACCUGAAGAGCUUUGGAGUCUGCAGAGACAGUAGUACAUGUCCCGACCGUCACAGGUUCAUUUCUCAGCAGGAUCAGUCUGAGCUCCCUGCCUCUGGAGUCAUAGAAGUUGUACCUCUCUACAUCAAGACAGCGUCAGUCUUCUAUGGUCAGAUUGUCAGGAAAGACGACACUGGUUUUGAUGACUUGGCAUCUGAGAUGGCUGCUUACUACACUGAGAAGAGACCAGCAGCCAGAGAGGUGUUGGAGGGAGGCUUAUACGCCGUGGAGGAGGACAGCGUCUUCCACAGGGUGAGGGUCCUCUCUGCCCCUGACAGAGGGGACCGCCUGUUUUUCGUCGUCUCCGUUCGGUUUAUCGAUGUAGGAAAGGAGAAGGAGGUGAAAUCCCAUCAGAUCCUUCAGCUGCCGGAGCAGUUUCACUCCCUGUGCGACCAGGCUACGGAGAUCAUCAUCUGCCGAGUCAAACCAGUUGACUCAGAGGUCGACUGGCACCCAAAGGUCACCAGAGCCAUCAGCCAGAAGAUACAAGGUCUGCAGCACCAGGCCAGAGCAGUUCUCAGUCUGGGAAACACUGUCUUUGUUGAUCCCAUGGUCCGGGUGACCCAAGUGCCAGGUAUGAAAACAGUCAUCAAUGAAUACAAUGUCCAGUCUGAGAUCCUGAAUACUGGGAUGGGAGUCAGCAACCCAGAGCAUCUGGACCUGUUGAAGGCUCUGUGCCAGGAGGGCGAGGUCAGCAGCUGUAAGGGGGAAGGCCACAGUUCUGGGUUGCAGGAUGGUUCAGUGUCUCUGGAGAUCAGCAUCAAAGCUGAGGAAGAAGAUUUGGCUGAAGUCUUCAGAGUGUCAGAGGUCAGGGAGCUCACUGACACUCCUCAGCUCCAACCGUGUGAGACAUCAGGUCCAGCAUCUUCAGUGAACCAGUCCCUGGUCCCAGCACCACAAGCACCUGAACCCCACCUGGUUGCAGUGUCUGUUCAGAACUCCCUGUCAGAUACCUGGGCUGAAAAUGAACAGAGGAACAAUCGCACUUCUGAUCUGAGGUCAGCUGAACAGAUGACAAGGUUGGUGUCUUUACUCAGGAGCUGUUUGGUAUUUUUUCAAACAUCAACACUAAUGGAACAGACAGUGGUGACUCCACAAGUGGAAUGUAUGCGUUUCCUCUCUGGUUGUCUCAGUUUCCAUCCUCAGGUCCUUUGGUACCAGACGUCAGACUCUGUGAUUCUAACAGUGAAGCUGAUGAACCCAGAGAGUCAACGCUGUGACUUCUACCCACAGAGAGUCGUCUACAGUGGCAGAGUGAAGGAUCAGUCCUACAGAGCCGACCUGGAGCUUCAGGCCGGCAUCGCUCCGGACCAGUGCUGCUGGGAAAUGAAGUCCAAUGAGCCAGUCCUCAAACUGGUCAAACAACAGCAGGGAUACUGGGAAAAACUCCUCAGGAACAAGAAUAUUUUUGUGAGUUAUGAUAUGGAGCACUUUGACGUGGAUGAAGACGCAGCACCAUGUGGCCUGCGGUUUGUGGAGGACACAGGAGAGGAGAACUGGUACCUGAACCCAAAGAGCAGCAGUGACAGUGACUGA